AUGACGUUAUUUUAUCAGGGGACUCUUCAGGAUGGCAUCUCCCUCGCGAUGAGGGAGACCAAAGCUGUCCUUUGCUUUGUUCGAGAUGACACCGACCUGAGCGCGACGUGGGAAGAGGAAUAUUUCGCAGGAGAAGAGAUCUCGCAAUUAUUGAGCGCCAAAGCGGUCUCGUUGCGCCUGUCAGCUGGCAGCCAGGAAGCUGGGUUCUUGACCUCCUUCUGUCCGAUUCAGAAGUUUCCGACUGUGGUUAUCAUCCAGAAUGGCACGCUCCAGGAAUACCUCGGGCCGGAUAUCUCGAAGGAGGACUUUCGCAGUCGGUUGACCGCCGCAUUGGAGAGUCAGACGACGCCGGAGUCUGCGCCACAGUCGCAAAGUAGUAGACCUGCUCAGAGCAACAACGCCGCUGCUGCCCCGGUUACUGCAACGCCCGUGGCUCCAGCUCAACCUCCAACAUCUCAUACCUCCAGCCCUCGCACACAGUCUACACAAGCGCCGUCCAAUAAUAAACCACGACCUGAAGCAGGCGCUUCAAAUAAAGAGCCAUCCAAAAAGGUGUCGACGCCAUCGACUGCCUCGAAGUCCGCCACACCGAAGCGUCCACCGCAGGAACAGAAACAGAAGGCCACUUCCAAACCAGAGAAGAAAGAGGAACAGCCACAAAAACCUAUGAAACCCACUGCUAGCAAGACAGCGGAGCAACCAGAACCUCAACCCCGGGCACCACGCCCACCACCAAGCCAGUACCGACUACAAGUCCGACUCUUCGACGGCAGCUCCGUGAGAUCCAGCUUCAAACCCUCCCAAACAAUCCGCAACGACGUGCGACCAUGGCUCGACCCGCAGAUGGCAGAUGACAACCGGCCCUACAAUCUGAAACACAUCCUCACACCUCUGCCCAGCAGAACGAUUUCUGUCAGCGAGGAAUCGCAGACUCUUGAGGAGCUGGGUAUUGGCCCAACAGCAAACCUGGUCAUGGUCCCCGUGUCAACAUACACCGAUGCCUACGCGGCAGCGGGAUCUAGCCUUCCUGUACGCGGUGCCUCUGCCGUCUACAAUGUAUUCUCUUCUGCAGCGGGCAUCGCCACCGGGCUUGUAGGUUCGUUUUUCGGGUAUGCUGCCACUGCCCCUGAGAAUAACGAAGCGGAGUCGUCUGGUCCUUCUUCUACACCAUCAUCAUCUUCCCAGACCUCUCAGCGACCACGACCAACAGGGCCGACGAUUCGGACUUUGAGAGACCAGCAAGACGAGCGUGGAAACAACCAGUUCUACAAUGGGAACCAGUUGAAUUUCGAGCCACGCAAGAAUCAAGAUGGGAAAGAUAAGUGA